UGAGUUGAACAUGUAAUGCACGUGCCUUCUUCUUACUUAUCUAUCUUCAUCGCUCAUCCUCCAUACCUUUCAAUUCUCAAGAUAUUGUACAGUUCCCAUUUCCAAGUUCCAUCUUUGAAGGCAAGUUCUCAAAACUUAAUCAUAUCAUUUUAUCUUGUUUUUAUGAUGGGUGAAUCAGAGGGUACCAAAUUCAGCUUAGAUGCUAGAAAGAAUGAAAAAGUUAGGUUUCCAAAACGAUUGGAUCCUGCAAUAUCUAAAUUUUUUGUGCAGCUACCUCACAAGUUUCAAAAUAUUGUAAAGAAUCAGAUGAGUAGAUUAGCGAAACAUGAAGGAAUGAAUUGGGGGAGAUCUGUUCAGAGAAAUGGGAGUGUAACUUUUAGUGCUUCUGAAGCUGAACUGAAGGAACAACUGCAAGCAUGGAAAGAAAAUCCUUCUUGGGUUGAUAAGCCACCAGAAAUAAAGGUGACUGUUCCCAAAGGUUCUCUUUGCAACCUCAAUGUAGAAGUUGAUGUUGGGCUUCCCCCUGAUGCAGUAUAUAACAUAGUGAUAGAUCCUGACAAUAGAAGAGUUUUCAAAAAUAUCAAAGAAGUGAUAUCCAGAAAAGUUUUGGUUGAUGAGGGUCAUAGGCAAGUGGUUGAUCUUCAGCAAGCAGCUAUUUGGAGAUUUCUUUGGUGGUCUGGCACUAUUUCAAUUAAUGUUUUGGUCGAUCAAAACAGAAAUGAUUACUCUAUGAAGUUCAAGCAAACCAAGACAGGAUUCAUGAAAAAAUUUGAGGGCUGCUGGAGAGUAGAGCCUUUAUUUGUCGAUGAAGCAACCUGCUAUCCCUUUAAACCCGUAACAAAGGAAGAUUACAAUAUGUGUACAAGAGGAAAAGGAAGAAUUGGAUCUAAAGUUCGCCUACAACAAAUACUUCAGCCAGCCAUUGUCCCUCCACCUCCCAUAUCAUGGUAUUUGAGAGGAAUCACUUCCAAGACGACUGAAAUGCUUAUAACUGAUCUACUUGCAGAAACUACCAGAAUCAGAGGAGGAUAUGAGGCUGAAAAGUCCAAGGAAGAGAUUCAAGGAAAGCAUGGUGAAAACUUGGACCUCAUAGCUAACACGAAUAACAUUAAAGAGAGAUGGAUUUUAAGGAGAAAAAAUGCGAAGCAGAGUCAUAGAAGACCGUUAGACUGCUAAAUGAUUUUCCUGUAUCUAUUUUUUAUAAUUUUAAAGGAUUGAUCCAUGGUUGUUCAGAUCACUUUAAAGGAUUUUGAUUUAUAUAUCUUUUUUUAUAAUGUUGAUGCCACUAAUUUUUGGCUCAAUGCGUUCCA